AUGCCUGACCAUGACAGCACAGCCCUCUUAAGUAGGCAGACCAAGAGAAGAAGAGUUGACAUUGGAGUGAAACGGACGGUAGGGACAGCAUCUGCCUUUUUUGCAAAGGCGAGAGCAUCAUUUUUUAGUGCCAUGAAUCCCCAAGGUUCUGAGCAGGAUGUUGAGUAUUCAGUGGUGCAGCAUGCAGAUGGGGAGAAGUCAAAUGUGCUUCGCAAGCUGCUGAAGAGGGCAAACUCCUAUGAAGAUGCCAUGAUGCCUUUUCCAGGAGCAACUAUAAUUUCCCAGCUGUUGAAAAAUAACAUGAACAAAAAUGGUGGCACUGAGCCCAGCUUUCAAGCGAGUGGCCUCUCCAGCACAGGCUCAGAAGUACAUCAGGAGGAUGUGUGCAGCAACUCUUCAAGAGACAGCCCCCAAGAGUGUCUUUCUCCAUUUGGCAGACCCACGAUGAGCCAGUUUGAUAUGGAUCGGUUAUGCAACGAGCACCUGAGAGCUAAGCGUGCCCGGGUUGAGAAUAUCAUUCGAGGGAUGAGCCAUUCCCCAAGUGUGGCAUUAAGGGGCAAUGAAAAUGAAAGAGAGAUGGCUCUGCAGUCUGUGAGUCCCCGAGAAAGUUACCGAGAAAAUAAGCGCAAGCAAAAGCUGCCUCAACAGCAGCAACAGAGUUUCCAGCAGCUGGUUUCAGCUAGGAAAGAACAGAAGCGAGAGGAGCGCAGACAGCUGAAACAGCAGCUGGAGGACAUGCAGAAACAGCUGCGCCAGCUUCAGGAAAAGUUCUACCAAAUCUAUGACAGCACAGAUUCUGAAAAUGACGAAGAUGCUGGUAACCUCUCUGAAGACAGCCUGCGUUCGGAAACACUGGAUGCCAGGGCGAGAGAUUCUGUGGGGAGGUCGGAUAAUGAAAUGUGUGAAUUGGACCCGGGGCAAUUUAUUGAUCGUGCAAGAGCUCUGAUUAGAGAACAGGAGAUAGUGGAAAACAAACCCAGAAAAGAUGGCCCCAGAGAAAAAGAUCAUGGGCCCAACUCUUUUCAUCCAGAAGGCAAGCACUUAGCUGAGACGCUAAAGCAGGAACUGAACACUGCCAUGUCUCAGGUUGUGGACACUGUAGUCAAGAUUUUCUCUUCAAAGCCUGUACGUCAACUUCCUCAGGUCUUCCCACCUCUUCAGAUCCCCCAAGCAAGAUUUGCUGUCAAUGGAGAGAACCACAACUUCCACACAGCAAACCAACGCCUCCAGUGCUUUGGGGACAUCAUCAUUCCAAACCCACUAGAUACCUUUGGGAAUGUGCCACUGUCUAAUUCCACAGACCAAACAGAAGCACUGCCCUUAGUUGUCCGCAAAAAUUCAUCAGACCAGCCUGCCUCUGUCCCGCCUCCUGGCAGCCACCAUGCUGCUCUCCAUCAAUCUCCACUGUCUGCCACCGCAGGGUUCACUUCAUCUUCAUUUCGCCAUCCCUUUCCUCUGCCCCUUAUGGCGUACCCAUUUCAGAACCCCUUAGGGGCUCCUUCUGCCUCCUUCCCUGGGAAAGACAGAGCCUCCCCAGAAUCCUUAGAUUUAACAAGAGAGACCACAAGUCUGAGGACCAAGAUGUCAUCACAUCAUAUGAACCAUCACCCUUGUUCACCAGCACAUCCUCCUAGCACUGCUGAAAGCCUCUCAAUAUCUCUCAUCAAGUCUGAAUGUGGUGACCUUCAAGAUAUUUCUGAAAUCUCACCUUAUUCUGGGAGUGCCAUGCAGGAAGGUUUGUCACCAAAUCACUUAAAAAAGGCCAAGCUUAUGUUCUUUUAUACUCGGUACCCAAGUUCCAAUAUGCUGAAAACCUACUUCUCAGAUGUAAAGUUCAACAGAUGUAUUACUUCUCAGCUCAUCAAGUGGUUUAGCAAUUUCCGUGAGUUCUACUACAUUCAGAUGGAGAAGUAUGCACGUCAAGCCAUCAAUGAUGGUGUAACAAGCACUGAAGAGCUGUCUAUAACCAGAGACUGUGAGCUGUACAGAGCCCUCAACAUGCACUACAAUAAAGCAAAUGACUUUGAGGUUCCAGAGAGAUUCCUGGAAGUGGCUCAGAUCACAUUACGAGAGUUUUUCAAUGCCAUUAUCGCAGGCAAAGAUGUUGAUCCUUCCUGGAAGAAGGCCAUAUACAAGGUCAUCUGUAAACUGGACAGUGAAGUUCCUGAGAUUUUCAAAUCCCCAAACUGCCUCCAAGAGCUUCUUCAUGAGUAG